AUGACUUUCGAUAUCUCAAAAUCUCGGGAGCACUUCCCCGCGCUACGGCAAGACCAGGUCUUCCUUGAUAAUGCGGGCGGCAGUCAAGCAUUGGGUGAUGUGAUCGACUCCAUCACGCAAUACCUUUCCAAAACCAAUGUUCAGCUUGGUGCUUCAUACCACACUGGCUCUCAGUCGAACACGAAAUACGAGCAAGGCUAUCAAGCAGCGGCAAAGUACAUGAAUGCCGGUCGCGAUGAGAUUGUUCUCGGUGCUUCAACAACCCAACUGUUCAUGAACCUUGGCUCCUCGCUGCAAUUUCCUUCCGGCUCUGAGAUUAUUCUGACGAAGAUGGAGCACGAGACUAACGUCAAGCCCUGGCUCUUCAUGGCUGAGCGCCUCGGUUUGACUGUGAAGUGGUGGGAGUCUUCCAAAGAAGAUGGACUAAAACUCACAGCCGAGAACCUCAAGCCGUUGUUGAGCGAUAAAGUGAAGUUCGUAGCAUGCACGCAUGUAAGCAAUAUUCUGGGAACGAUCCAUGAUGUGCAGUCCAUUGCGAAGGCAGUGCAUGAAGUCGGCGCACUGCUUUGCGUUGAUGGCGUAAGUUACGCACCGCACCGUGCCAUCGACGUGAAGGGUUUCGGAGUUGACUUUUACUCUUUCAGUUGGUACAAGGUCUAUGGCCCUCACAUCGCCGCGCUCUAUGCCAGUAACUCAGCCCAACAACACAUGAAGUCUAUGAGCCACUACUUCAACCCCACAAAAACCCUGGAGGAUAAGAUCGGUUUCGCGGGCUCAAACUAUGAGUGCGUGCAGUCAAUUCCCACUAUCACCGCCUACCUAACCGACGCUUUCCCCGCCAUUACCGAGCACGAGGGAAAGUUGCAAGCCAUUUUGCUUGAAUACCUGAACUCACGCCCCGAUGUCACGAUCCUGGGAUCCACUUCGAGUGAUAGCAAGGAAAGGGUGCCUACUAUCUCGUUCACUGUUAAAGGCAUGAGCAGUAAGGCGAUCGUAGCUGAGGCGGAGAGGAUCAGCAAUUACGGUUUCAGGUGGGGCCAUUUCUACUCAAAGAGACUUUGUGAUGAGCUAUUGAAGCUGGAGCCGGAGGGCGUGACAAGAGUCAGCAUGGUACAUUACAAUACUGAGGAGGAGAUCAAGGGAUUGGUCGAGGUCUUGAAGAAGAUUCUUCCGCAGGUUUAA